AUGGCAACCCUCACGGAGGAACAAUUCGCUCGGCUUAUGACCCAACUACAACCGACCAAUGGGGCACCACAGGCCAGCUUCGCACAAUGCACCGCGCGAUGCGCAGGCUCACGUGAUCCACCGCUGGUAGAGGAGUUUAUAAACGUUGCUUUCAUCUUCAUCAAGAUAAACGACGACGAUAUCCUAACUGGACUAUCACUGCUAUUAACAGGUGUUGCGGUGAUAUGGUGGCAAGGCGUAAAGACCAAAGCCACAACCUGCGAUCAAGCUGCCGAACUAAUGCGUGGGGCUUUUGCUUGGAAAAAACCUAACAACCAACUGUACCAGGAAAUUUUCAAAACCGCACAGGACAAAUCAACAUUAACAGACCUGUUCGUAUGUCAAAAAAGGGCACUGUUCG